AUGGCUGCUGUGAAUCCAGCAAAAACUCUCCAGUAUGAACUUACCUGUCCCAUCUGUCUGGAGUAUUUUAAAGAUCUGGUGCCUCUACACUGUGAUCACAGUUUCUGCCGAGGCUGCAUCACUCAGCACUGUGAGACAUGGACAGAGGGGGACUAUGACCCUUUGUGCUGCCCCAGCUGCAGAGCCCGAAUCCCGAAAGGGUCUCUCCGGAAUAACUGUCAACUAGCAAAUAUAGUGGAAAAAAUAAAAAACCUGCAUUUCAAACCAGAAAAAGAGACUCUGUGUGAGGUGCACAGCAAAGCCCUGGAUCUAUUCUGUGAAGAGGACAGAGAAGCCAUGUGUGUGGUUUGUUGGAGAUCCCCGGAGCACAGAUCUCACACGGUGCUUCUCAUGGAAGAGGCUGCCCAGAAAUACAAGGAGAAAAUCCAGGCCCAUUUGAAGACUCUGAGGGAAGAGAGAGAAAAGCUCCUGGAAUCUAAAAUGACUGGGGAGGGGAAAAGCUGGGAGUAUUUGAAACAGAUAGAAAAGAAGAGGCAGCAAAUUGUGGCUGAAUUUCAGCAACUGCACCAAUUCCUGGAGGAACAAGAGCAGCUUCUGCUGGCCCAGCUGGAAAAGCUGGAGAAGGAGAUACCGAAGAUACAGGAUGAAAAUAUCACCAAAGUCUCAGAGGAGAUUUCCUGUCUCAGUGAGCUAAUCAGUGAGCUGGAGGGGAAAUGUCAGAAGCCAGCGAGUGAAUUUCUGCAGGACAUCAGAAGCACCUUGUCCAGGUGUGAGAAGGGGAAGUUCCAGCAGCCGGAGGAGAUUUCUCGUGAACUGGAAAAGAGACUCAGUGAUUUUCCCCAGAAAACUGUUGCUCUCAUGGAAACUCUGAGGAAGUUCCAAGACACUCUGCCGUCUGCACUGGAGAGAAAAAGGGGUGAACCCCUAGGAGCCCCCAGACUGGUGAAUGUGACUCUGGAUCCAGACACGGCUCAUCCGAAACUCAUCCUGUCUGAGGAUCAGAAAAGUGUGAGAUGGGGACACACAUGGCAGCGACUGCCCAACAAUCCUGAGACAUUUGACACUGAUCGCUGUGUGCUGGGCUGUGAGGGAUUCACCUCGGGGAGACAUUGCUGGGAGGUGGAGGGUGAGGGAGGCUGGGCUGUGGGGGUGGCCAGAGAGUCUGUGAGGAGGAAGGGACGGAUCAGCCAUAGCCCUGAGGAGGGGAUCUGGGCUGUGGAGCAGUGGAAGGGUCAGGUCCGGGCUCUCACCUCCCCUGAGACCCUUCUGCCCCUGAGCCGGGCCCCCAGCAGGAUCCGGGUUUGUCUGGACUGUGACCAGGGGCAGGUGACAUUUAUCGAUGCUGGUGACGAGGCCCCGAUCUUCACUUUCCCGCCGGGCUCCGUCCCUGGGGAGAGAAUCCAACCCUGGCUCUGGGUGGGGGGAUCCUGGCUCCGACUGUGUCCCUGA